CAACCGAGCCUCUGUUUGGUCCGCAACGCUGAACUCCAGUUCCUCCAAAGGUUUUACUAAUCAAGACCCAAACGGCACAAAAGUCCUCCAUCCUCACGAAGUAUGGGCUCCAAGCUGGCCCCGAUCUAUGUGCAGAUCCUUUCCACAGGGAAGUUGGUGAGAGGUGUUGCCGCUGGGGCGUGGGAAAGCUUGCCGGUGGCGAGGCCUCAGAGUGGCUCUGUCGGUGAAUUUCCUCGGCUUAGAUGCGGGUCUGGUUACAGGACCAGGGGAGCCAGGGGAGCGGCGUCUAAAAACCAAUAUGCCAAUGUCCGAUUCACACUGAAAAACCUGCCAGAGGCAGUGGCUACUCAUCUGUCUACAACAUUCUCCCCUUGGGGGUGGAGAGGGUGGGGUGGAAUUAGGAUGUGCAGAACCUAUUUGUUGAGAAAAGAACAGAAAACAGUUGAACUGUGACUCAAGCCUUUAAUGGACUCCAUCAAGCUCUGACUAGGAAGCGUGGCUGUUUCCCCGCCAGAACCAGCUCCUGCCCCCGGCCAAGGUCUCCCUUACACAGGGCCUGCACCCCGGCUUUUCCUGGCUGACAGAUUCUCCAGGACAGUGUGAUCCCGGGAGUGUCCGCUGCUCCCGCGCGCAGACAGAAAGGCUAAGCCGAUGCCCACAUCCUCCACCAGGUGAAGAAAGGCAAUCGGCCCAGUGCCCGCGAGGGCGCGGCUUCCAGACUGGACCACGGCGGGCUGUGCGCCGGAGCGCACCGGGAACCGGAGGGCUCCCUUCCACCUCCAGAGGGGGUGCUGCGGGCCCCGCCUCCGCCACAGUCGGGACUCCAGGUCCCCUGCCUCCAUGUGGGGAUGCGAGUCGGGGCCGAAUACCAAGCUCGGAUCCCUGAGUUCGACCCAGGUGUGACCAAGUACACAGAUAAAGACAAUGGAGGAAUGCUCGUGUGGUCUCCGUAUCACAGUAUUCCAGAUGCCAAAUUGGAUGAGUAUAUUGCAAUUGCAAAGGAGAAGCAUGGCUACAACGUUGAACAGGCACUCGGCAUGUUGUUCUGGCAUAAGCAUGACAUUGAGAAGUCCCUUGCCGACCUCCCUAACUUUACCCCCUUCCCGGAUGAGUGGACUGUGGAAGACAAGGUGUUGUUUGAACAAGCCUUUAGUUUCCACGGGAAGAGCUUUCACAGGAUCCAGCAAAUGCUUCCAGAUAAAACGAUCGCAAGUCUGGUGAAGUAUUACUAUUCUUGGAAGAAGACCCGCUCGAGGACAAGUUUGAUGGAUCGCCAGGCUCGGAAACUGGCCAGCAGGCAUAGUCAAGGUGACAGUGAUGAUGAUGUGGAAGAAGCCCACCCAGUGGACGGGAACGACAGUGAUUAUGAUCCCAAAAAAGAAGCCAAAAAAGAGGGCAGCGCUGAGCAGCCUGUCCAAACUAGCAAGAUUGGCCUGGGGCGGAGAGAGUACCAGAGCCUGCAGCACCGCUCCCACUCCCAGCGCUCCAAAUGCCGUCCUCCUAAGGGCAUGUAUUUAACCCAGGAAGACGUGGUAGCUGUUUCCUGUAGUCCCAACGCAGCCAACACCAUCUUGAGGCAGCUGGACAUGGAGCUGAUCUCUCUAAAACGCCAGGUUCAGAAUGCUAAGCAAGUAAACAGUGCACUUAAACAGAAAAUGGAAGGUGGAAUUGAAGAAUUCAAACCUCCUGAGUCAAAUCAGAAAAUUAAUGCCCGUUGGACCACAGAGGAGCAGCUUCUAGCAGUGCAAGGUGUCCGCAAAUAUGGUAAAGAUUUUCAAGCUAUUGCAGAUGUAAUUGGCAACAAGACUGUUGGCCAAGUGAAGAACUUCUUUGUAAACUACAGGCGCCGGUUUAACUUAGAGGAGGUGUUGCAGGAGUGGGAAGCAGAACAAGGAACCCAGGCUCCUAAUGGUGAUGCUCCUACUGUAGGGGAGGAGACAAAAGGUGCUUCUCAUGUGCCGUCAGGAAAGAGCACUGACGAAGAAGAGGAGGCACAGACCCCACAGACUCCUCGGACUCUGGGUCCGUCACCUCCUGCCCCAUCAUCCACUCCAACACCAACAGCCCCCAUCACCACGCUGAACCAGCCUCCACCUCUUCUGCGUCCAGCGCUGCCUGCUGCCCCUGCUCUUCACCGACAGCCACCUCCGCUCCAGCAGCAGGCUCGCUUCAUCCAGCCCCGGCCAGCUCUCAACCAGCCUCCACCACCUCUCAUUCGUCCCGCCAACUCUAUGCCGCCCCGCCUAAACCCUAGGCCAGUGCUGUCCACAGUGGGUGGUCAGCAGCCACCAUCACUUAUCGGAAUUCAGACAGAUUCGCAGUCCUCGCUGCACUAAAAAAUGAACUGGACGGCGUGGCAGUGACUUUCCACCCAGCAUUCCAGCAGUGCUCAUCUGAUGAUGCAGGAGGACACCGAGGCCGCAGGCUCAUUCUGUGGCUGUGGACCAGCAGAAGCGGCAGUCUGCCGUUCAGGUCACUAAGAAAUGUUACACAACAAAAGCCUCCAGUCAGCCUCCUUUCCAGAGUGUGUGCUCACCGGGAAAGGAACAAGCGUUCUACGCACCUGGGGUUUGUUCUGUUUUUACUGUAUUUAUUUUGUUGAGGUUCUUUAUUUUCUUGCCUCUUAAUAGUCAGCGCUGUUAGUGCAGGAAUAUUGACUUGGGAAUUGUAAAACUCCUUAAGUUUCUUAAGGGUGUUUGACUUUUCUCUCUUUUUUUUAAUUUAAUUUUUUAAAAACAUUUUCCUAUGUUAGGAGUGAGAGAAUAAAUAACCUGCAUUUCAGAUUUUGAUACGUGUUCAUUUUAUUCAUAUUUAAGAAAUUACAACUACGUAUCCCUUUUUUCAAAAUAUGUUGCUUUUUUUCUAAAGGAAUUUUGAUAUAUUCCUUUAGAGAAAGCAGUUUAAUCAAUUGCAAAGCAAUUAUAUAAAACCACAAAGAAUGUAUUGAACCUGCUAACCCUUUAACAUACAGUCAGGGUCCUAGCACAGAAUCCUUGUUUGAAGGUCUUUGACCCUGUUGUCUAUCCGAAACAGGUUUGGAAUUACAUACCAAUGAGGAAUUACAAUUUGGUAAAAUAUAAUGCCUAAGUUCCCUGAAAAAUGUUAAUUUUGAAAAAGAAUCUUUCAAAAUGCUAUUUGCUUUAACUAGUAGCUGCCUGUAUUUGAGGGAAUUUAGAGGAGACUUCUAUUUUGUCAGUUACGUAGAGAUGGUUGUUAUAGAAGCAUUUAUUUACGGUCUGUGUUUAUCUUCCGAACUUAGCCCUUGUACUCCACGUUUAAUAUGAAGGGUGGUUUGUUUUGUUUUUCUUUUCUCCUUGAUAAAUCUCUAUUGUACAUUUGGAUACAUUUUGUAUUUCUUGCAGCCAACCUGUACUUGUGGCUUUGAUUUACGGUUAACUCAUCCACAUUAUGUCAUAAGAUGAAUUUAAGAAUUUGUUCUGUGUUAACCCGAGAUGUAUCAAUUGUAUUGCCACAACUGUGCUAUUAACUAAAAAUACUGAGACCCAUUUCUACAAAGCAAUAGAAAGACUUAAAGUCUUUUUAUUCUAACACAUAGUCAUUAAGCACCUACAAAGAAUAUAUCACAAGUAAGUGAUGAUAGUAUUGUAGUCUCGUGUUACUGGUACUUUUGAUAGAAUGAUUUCAUAUUGGAAUCAUGGCUUGUACAGAGGGACAGACUGACAGUGCAGCAUCAGGCUGAAUGUGCCCACCUACAUUCUUACCACAGAAUGUCAGCAAGCUGCCCACGUCAGAGGUCAUGUGCCCUAAGUGUUGGGAGAACGGUUCCUUCCAUCGGCUCUGCAGCCUUAAAGAGCCCUAGAUUUAAAUAUUUCUAGGUUCACCACUUCCUUGGUAAGGACCUUCUGUUCUGAUGUGAUUGAAGACAGCUUGCAGGUCCUGGUCCUUCUCAUCAGAUCAUCUUAAAUAGUUCCUGCCCCAGAUAAAAUUUAACUGAUUUAAAAUACUAUUGAAUUUAUACUUAUUUUUACUUUGAAAGCCAUGGGGGAUGGUCAUCUAUCUCCGAUGUCUGGAGCUUUUUAAAGCGCUUCGUUGUCUUGAGUAUGUGCAUCUUGUACUUUGACAGUGUCCCUUGUCUUGUCUCGUCGUAGACCUGCAGUGCACAGCACGUGGGAAAUGUCAGUCACGUUGGUCAGCGCCAGCAUCUGUCCAGAUUUCAGUACGUUGUGAUGCAUUUAUGGUCUGCUCUGUCCCACACAUGGGCCGAGGUGCUGUAUCUGAGGGGUGCACUGCAGUUUUACUCACAAACACUAGAGCACACAGUAGAAAAGUUGUAGCUUCAUUAGUAAUAUGACACAUGUAUAUAGUGAGAUGUCUUUAUUGUGUGCUUUGCAUAUUUUGUAAAUAUUUUGCACGCCAUUAUUUCCUUUUUUGUUUAAGCAGUGUUUGGCCUGGAAGAGUAAUAUGCUUGCUGCUUAAAAGGAUUAAAGAUUUAAAGGUGUCUAUGUCUUCUAUUUUCCUACAACCUCAUGUUGUAUGAGGAAUCUAGGACCUCUUCACUGUGAAAUUCUAAAUACUGAUUUUUAU